CGGGGCAGGCAGGUUCACGCGCGCCCCUGGGUGAGCCCGGGCAUUGCCCCGGGGCCGUGAGAUCCCGACAUGGAUGACGAGAACAGCAACAACAGCAUUGAGGCUAGACUUCCUAUAGGCAUAGAUCUACGAACACGAGUUCUUCAGUUCGUAGAAGACCGAAUGCAGACCACUAUGCUGACUGGAAUAGUGAUUGGAGCUGCAGUCGCGUUGUUCCUUAUAGGGAUUGUCGUGUUUGUUGUUUACAGAAAAGUGAAGCAAUCUAGGCAACAUCAACCCCAUGUACCUCAGUACCGAUUUCGCAAGAGAGACAAAGUAAUGUUCUAUGGACGGAAAAUCAUGAGAAAGGUUACCACUCUCCCGAACACACUAGUUGGGAACACAGUGCCUCGCCAGCGGAUGCGGAAAAGGGCAAAAGUUCUGUUUCUGGCAAAAAGGAUUCUGCGUUUCAAAAAGGAGUCUCCAACUUUGCAGCCAAAGGAGCCACCUCCUUCCCUGUUAGAAGCAGAUCUAACUGAAUUUGAUGUGAAGAAUUCUCAUUUGCCUUCUGAAGUUCUGUAUAUGCUUAAAAAUGUCAGGGUUCUUGGUCACUUUGAAAAGCCUCUCUUCCUGGAACUGUGCAAGCACAUGUUUUUUCUGCAGUUGCAUGAAGGAGAAUACAUCUUCCGUCCAGGGCAGUUGGAUAACAGCAUCUACGUUGUACAGGAUGGCAAGCUGGAAGUUUGCAUUCAAGAAAGUGAUGGCACCGAAGUGGUUGUUAAGGAAGUGCUGGCAGGAGAUAGUGUCCACAGCCUCCUCAGCAUUCUUGAUGUUAUCACAGGCCACCCUGCUCCGUAUAAAACGGUAUCAGCCCGAGCAGCAACACCAUCUACUAUAUUGCGACUUCCUGCCAAUGCCUUUCAAGAUGUCUUCCAGAAAUACCCUGAAACUCUUGUGAGAGUGGUGCAGAUCAUCAUGGUGAGGCUCCAGAGAGUGACAUUCCUAGCUCUGCACAACUAUCUUGGCCUGACCACAGAGCUCUUCAACUGUGAGAACCAAGCUAUCCCAUUGGUAUCAGUGGCAAGUGUAACAUCUGGAGGAAGUUCAAACAGAGUGGUGAAAAGACAGGUGUCUAAUGUAUCAGAGGAGGAACGUGGAGAGAAGCUGGAGAAAGGAGGGGAUACCUUAGAACUGGCAUCAGAAACAGCAAAGACUUCUAGUACCGAAAAUUCAGAGCUCCUUCUCAGAAGAAGUCUUUCUUUGCCAGCUUCUUCCGGAUCCACAGAGACGCCUGGUAAUUCCAGUGGUGCUAAAUAUGACAUGGAUAUGGCAUAUGAGAGAGCCAGAGUGCAUUUCCCUGAUGAAGCUUUUACUAGUCCUGUUGUGGGCAAGUCUAUAUUGAAGAAGACUGUGACGGUGACAGAAACUCCUUCAGCGGUUUUCCAUUACACUGAGCAUGAUCUGGCCAUGCCAGAUUCCUGUAGCAGCAAACAACUUGAUGUCAUCUUUGAAGCUGCUAAGAAAGACCUCUUAACCUUGAUGAAACUAGAUAAUCCCUCGUUGUUGAAUGACAGAGUGACCCUGCAUCAUGUUACUGCUGGGACUGUGUUGUCAAGGCAGGGAGACCAGGAUGUUAAUAUCCGGUUUGUGAUCUCAGGGAUGCUCCAUGUGUACCAGCGGAAGAUAGACUCUGAGGAAGACACUUGUCUAUUCAUCACUCAUCCAGGGGAAGUAGUAGGCCAGCUAGCUGUCCUUACUGGGGAACCUCUCAUCUUCACCAUCAAGGCCAAUCGAGAUUGCAGCUUUCUGUCCAUUUCCAAAUCCCAUUUCUAUGAGAUAAUGCGGGACCAGCCAGAUGUAGUCCUGGGGGUGGCCCAUACCGUUGUAAAAAGAAUGUCUUCGUUUGUGAGGCAAAUUGACUUUGCUCUGGAUUGGAUGGAAGUCGAAGCUGGACGAGCUGUUUACAGGCAGGGCGACAAGUCUGAUUGUACGUACAUUGUGCUGAAUGGUCGACUUCGCUCUGUUAUCAGGCUGGAUGAUGGGAAAAAACAUCUGACUGGUGAAUAUGGGCGAGGAGACCUAAUCGGAGUGGUAGAGGCAUUAACUCAUCAACCUAGAGCCACAACAGUACACGCAGUCCGAGAUUCUGAACUGGCCAAGCUACCGGAAGGUGCUCUGACAUCUAUCAAACGCAAAUUCCCCCAGGUUGUGACUCGACUUAUCCAUUUGCUGGGUGAGAAGAUUCUUGGCAGCCUUCAGCAAGGGGGUCAUCCCCUUGGAUUGCACACUGCGAGUAGCAAGUGGGAUGCCGGAAAUCCUGCCAGCAACCUCUCCACUGUAGCAAUCAUGCCAGUGUCUGAAGAGGUACCGCUUACUGCCUUUACUUUGGAGCUCAAGCAUGCUGUCAGUGCUGUUGGUCCUGCUUUGCUGCUUACCAGUGAUAAUAUCAAACAGCGGCUUGGUUCUGCUGCACUAGACAGUAUUCAUGAGUAUCGACUCAGUAGCUGGCUGGGGCAGCAGGAGGAUAUUCAUCGCAUUGUGCUCUACCAGGCAGACAGUACCCUUACUCCAUGGACCCAGCGCUGUAUACGACAGGCUGACUGCAUCCUAAUUGUUGGACUAGGAGAGCAGGAGCCCACUGUUGGAGAGCUGGAAAGGAUGCUGGAGAACACAGCAGUUCGAGCCCAGAAGCAGUUGAUCCUGCUCCACAAGGAGGAUGGUCCCCUUCCUUGCCGAACUGUGGAAUGGCUCAACAUGAGGAGCUGGUGCUCUGCUCAUCUUCACCUCCGCUGUCCUCGUAGAGUCUUUUCCCGAAGGAGCCUGCCCAAGCUGGUAGAAAUGUAUGAACGAGUGUGUCAGAAACCGCCAGAUCGUCACUCUGACUUCUCACGACUUGCUCGUGUUCUGACUGGGAAUGCCAUCGCAUUAGUGCUUGGAGGUGGUGGGGCAAGAGGGUGUUCCCAGGUAGGGAUUAUCAGGGCACUGAUUGAAGCAGGCAUCCCAGUGGAUAUGAUUGGAGGAACUUCCAUUGGCGCUUUCAUGAGUGCUCUGUAUGCUGAAGAGCGCAGCUACAAUCAAAUGAGGAUCAAAGCCAGGCAAUGGGCAAUGAAUAUGAAUUCAGUGUUUAAGACCAUUCUGGACUUGACAUAUCCAAUAACCUCCAUGUUCUCUGGAGCUGCUUUUAACAACGGCAUCAGCAAUAUCUUCAAAGAUAAACAGAUAGAGGAUCUUUGGAUUCCUUAUUUCACUAUCACAACAGACAUCACUGCCUCAGCAAUGAGAGUCCAUACAGAUGGAUCUCUUUGGAGGUACGUCCGUGCCAGCAUGUCUCUCUCUGGUUACAUGCCUCCUCUUUGCGAUCCAAAGGAUGGACACCUCUUGAUGGAUGGAGGUUAUAUCAACAAUCUUCCAGCGGAUGUUGCAAGAUCCAUGGGAGCAAAAGUGGUCAUAGCAAUCGACGUAGGCAGCCGUGAUGAGACAGACCUCACCAACUAUGGCGAUUGUUUAUCCGGCUGGUGGCUGCUGUGGAAGAGAUGGAAUCCCUUGGUUGAGAAAGUGAAGGUGCUGAACAUGGCAGAGAUCCAGACGCGUCUUGCUUAUGUAUGCUGUGUGCGGCAGCUGGAGAUGGUCAAGAGCAGCGACUAUUGCGAGUAUAUCCGGCCACCCAUUGACAGAUACAGGACACUGGACUUCGGAAAGUUUGAUGAAAUCUGUGAAGUGGGAUAUCAGCACGGGAAGACAGUAUUUAAUGUCUGGUGCAGGAGUGGAGUUCUUGACAAGAUGUUAAAAGACAGGGAGGAGAUUUGCAAAUCCAAAACUUCAGACAUUGUGACCUGUACCAGUACCUCUUUCACUGACUUGGCAGAAAUUGUGUCCCGAAUUGAGCCAGUAAAAGCAGCUUUGGUAGAUGAUGAAUCUGAUUAUCAGACUGAGUAUGAAGAAGAAAUUCUAGACAGCCAAAAGGAUGAUUAUGUUAAUUUCCUAAGCAGCCGGGUUGAAGAGGACACUGAUUCGGAUGAAGACAUGCAAAUAAGAAAACGCACAAACAUCCCCAAAAAGGAGAGCCGUCCUGACAGCAUGGAGGAACUGAGCUAAUGCCCAUGGGGAGCCAUCCAGGCUAGUGUGCCAUGUGAUCACAUAACUCUAGUUUCACUGACAAUGGCCAUUUUAUUAAGAAAUUGCCUGGUUGAAAUGAAGUGUUUUUUCUUUUUUUUCAGAUCAGGGUGGUGGGGCUGGAUAACUGUCCUUAGAGGAAAUAUGCCAUAAAAAGCUCAAGUGCCUUUGUUUUACCCAAGUCCCCAUGCCCAGAGAGACAUUACACUAGAGAGUUUCAGGCUGACUUAUACCACACUCUGCUCUUCAAGUGCCAAUGUGUGCUACAAAUCACUAGUUUCUGUGGUGCUGGCAGGAUGAAGGUGCACUCUGGGCAUUGUCUGUGCUUGGAAGUGUAUUUAAAUGUCGCUUUGGAUUUCUGCUGCCAUGUGUCCUGUUUGCUCUCUUGCCUUUGUGGUCUUCAGGAAGAGUUGAAUAUGCCUGGAAAGAAUAUGAGCUGCCACUGUGAAGAAGGAUGAGUAUAUGAACAUUCAGGAGAGGGAGGACUAUUUGAAUAUGUGCUGGAGAAAGGAAUGUUACUGCUUUCAUCUCACAUGGGCCAGAUAACCAUGUUGUUCACUCUGGAUUUAUUUUACAAUUGGGUGCAUGGGAGUAGUGCUGUGGCAUUAGGGGAAA